GUGGUUAAUGAGAGAGAAAGCCCAACAAAAAAGGGCAACUCGUAACUCGUAUGUGUAUAAUAUUUGCCAAGUGAUAGCUUUACUUCCUAGUUUCUUGAGCCAAGACAAAGCCACAGUCUGUUGCCAAAGAUAAACAAUAAUAUAUAUAUGUCAAAUUAAUUGCAUAUUAUCUGCAGAUUUAUCCCUCUAAUUGUAAAGUGACUGACAACCGAGUGCGCUGAAAGUAAGAGUGGCUGUCCUCAGCCGUCUCUAAAAAGCCAAUAAUCAGUCAGCAUGACAGCAAUUAUGUCUCCAUAGCUGCGUUGAUUUCGCAUCUCGAUCGGGUCACGCACUUUGGUGAAACCGCGCCUUGCAGCACACAAAUCAGUCGCUGGUCUUUUCUGUAAACAUGCAGCCGCUCGUCAAGAUAAUGGUCUUGGCGUGCCUCCUAGCGUUGUGUCUGGCCUACGACCCUGAGGACGAGCAGCUCGCCAAGGUGCUCCUUCCCAAAGAUAAGUUUGAAGCUUUUUACCCAAACCGAGCGUACGGAGUCGUCAACGGGGAUGCUCGGCCAGCGCAUGGCCACGGCUCAUUUUACAAGCACCGCCACCCGGCACUCAUCGAUGUAAAAAAUGCACCCGCUUAUGGCUUCAGAUUUGACGGAAAGCGGAGGUUCAACUUUGAUUAAAAGCAAUUUUGAUUAUUUUGUAAAGCACACUUUAUUGCGGCCAUUUGAUACAAAUAUAAAUAUUUUGAAACAAAAUUACGCGCAAAAGAAUGUUGUUUUAUUAUUU